UUGGAGAAGGACGAACAAAUCACACAAAUCACACUCUCCGGCCAACCACGUCGACUGGCAGACAGAAAGAUAGACAGAACGACUGAGCGUAUGUAGAUCGCCCCCCAACACACCCCAUUCCAUCCUCCGUGUUUAAACGAUGCUAUGCCCGCGGCCCUAUGUACUCUAGCUGGACUUGGACCAUAGUCUGCGAUCCACAUUCUUCUCCAUCCGCCUUUGAUAGCCGCCUGUCCGUAAAGGGUUGGAUAGACGGUGCGCGAGAGAUAGAGGGAGAAAGAGAGAGAGAGAGAGAGCGCGCGAGGACCGGAGAAGAAAAGACUCUUGAAGGGACCGUGUCGAUCAGUCGGACGGACAGUCGGGCGGUGGGUCGGUCAGUGGUCGGUCUCAGCCAACGGUCGAGAUCAAACGGAGACAGACACGGAGAGUGCGGGUCGUGGCUGUUGUUCUUAUUCACGUCGGGCGGAAAAACGAAAUCUGUGGAACUUCCUUUUGUUUUUGCCGUCUUAUUUUUAUUUUUUAUUUCGUUCUAUAUCGACGGAGCCGGUAGGACGUGGCCUGGCCUUCCUGUUCGAAUAAUUACUCCGUUUUAUUUCAUUCUGCUAUCACCACCAUCAUCACCGUCUCCGCCUCCGCCUCAGUCCGCCUCCACCUCCAGACUGAGCCCGGUAUCUUUUCCUGUGCCUUGCGACUACCUACCUCAUACACUAAGUCCAUGCUGUGCUGCGAGCUGCGAGCUGCGUUGUUAGUUCUGGUAGCGUAGCUGCAGUGUGCGACGCCUCCCCCCCCCCCCCCCCCCC